UGAUUUAGGAUUAUACAAACCUGUAGAAUAUUUUCAAUCAUCUCAUAAAAAAAAUAAAAUUUAUGGUGUUUUACCAUUUGUAACACCUGAAGUUUUAAGAGGUCAAUCUUAUAUUUUAGCUAGUGAUAUAUAUAGUUUUUCUAUAAUUAUGUGGGAAUUAAUAUCUGAAAUUAUUCCAUUUAAUAAUGAAGCUUAUGAUUUUCAAUUAGCUUUAAGUAUUUAUCAAGAUAAACGUCCUCAAAUUAUUAAUAAAACACCACAAUAUUAUAUAAAUUUAAUGAAAAAAU